UGCAUUAAAAAGAAAAGCACUUUUCAAUUCAAUAAAAAAAAUAGAAAAGUUAAUUUCCUACUCAAUCACCCAAAAAGAUAAUACAGUGUAAGCUUCAGACAUAAUCACUUGAUUUAGCAUUCUAACGCUUACCCUUUUCCCUUCCUCCACUUUUCUUCAAGACAACUGUAGAAAUCAGACAAAAAUUCCUCUGUUUUUUUUCUCUUCAUGUAUCUGAAGUUUUUGCAGUUUCGAGAACAAUGUUCAAGUCAUGGAGAAACGACAGGAACAAGAUCAAAGCUGUGUUCAAGCUGCAGUUUCAGGCAACUCAGGUGCCGAAGCUGAAGAAACCUGCUUUGAUGAUAUCUUUGGUUCCUGACGAUGUUGGGAAGCCGACAUUCAAACUUGAGAAGGCCCCAGUUAAAGACAACAUCUGUUCGUGGGGGAAUCCAAUAUAUGUGUCGGUGAAGCUGAUCCAAGAACCCAAAACUGGGAUUAUUCGUGAGAAGAUUUACCAUUUCGUCGUUGCAACAGGUUCUUCAAAGUCGGGCUUUCUAGGAGAAGCUUCAAUUGAUUUUGCAGAUUUUUUGGCAGAAGCAGAGCCACUUACUGUCUCAUUGCCGCUUAAAUUCGCCAACUCUGGUGCAGUUUUACAUGUGACAAUUCAAAAGAUGCAGGGAACCAAUGAUCUAAGAUUCAUGGAAGAAAAUGGAGGUCAAGCACUUGCUAAAGAGGAGAGCUUCAAAAGCCAACAACGCAAUGAUGGCAUCGAUGGAUUUGAUCAGGAUGAAAGAUAUUUGGAUAUAAACACGCGUAAGAACGGGAUCUCACUUGGUUCGUUUGAAUCUAACGGAGCGUCAAGCUGGGUAGAUAGUUCAGAGAGUGUGUGUCUACCUCGUCGACAGAACACAAUCCCUGCAAGAAGAAACGGGCAUCGGAGAUCAAACACAGAGUGGUCAGCAAGUUCAACAUCAGACGGGAGUUAUAUCGAGUCGAAAAACAGUCCUGAGAAACUAACUGAGCUGGAAAUGCAGUCUCUAAAGAAACAGGAACUCUCAAAGGAACUAAGUUGUCUCAAGGAAGAAAGAGAUGCCCUUUUGGAUGAAUGCAAGCAGCUCAAGUUGCAGAAGAGUAUAGAUGAAGUUUAUGCUGAAAGCAGAAUAAGAAGCAUAAGCGAGGAUACAAGCAAAAUGAUAGAAGGGAUGAAAAAUGAACUAAACUGCGAGAAGGAUAUGAAUACAAACCUUAGGUUGCAGCUGCAGAGGGCACAGGAGUCAAACUCCAACUUUAUUCUUGCAGUGAGGGAUCUGAAUGAGAUGAUGGAGCAAAAGAACCGAGAGAUAUCUUCUCUGAAUACCAAAUUAGAGGAGAUUAAGAACCAACAAGGAUGGAAAGGCGAGAUCGAUAUGCUUAAGGGAAGAAUCGAAGACUUAGACUGUGAGUUAGACUCUUACAGGAAAAAAAACGAGGAACUGGCGAUCCAGUUGAAUGAAAUGACUCACGAAUACGAGUCCUUAAAAGUGGAAAACUGUAACAUAUCUCUGACGUUAGAGCAGCAAGAACACUUGAAACCACAAGAUGAAUGCCAAUAUCCGAGACAAUACAUAGAAGAAUUGGAAUCUCAGAUAGAGAGAAUGGAGGAGAAAAUGCAGCAGCAGUCAUUGGAAUACUCUGAAUGUUUGAUUACAAUUAAUGAACUCAAAAUUCAGGUAAAGGAACUGAAGAAAGAACUCGAGGAGCAAGCUCGCGUUUUCGAAGAAGAUCUUAGAGCAGUGAUGCAGGCCAAAACAGAGCAAGAGCAGAGGGCCAUAAAAGCAGAGGAGGAGUUGAGAAGAACAAGGUGGAAAAACGCCAUAACAGCUGAGAGGCUACAGAAAAAAUGCAAGAGGGUUUCUCUAGAAGUGGAGUCUAAGCUCGGUGAGAACGAGAAGCUGACAAUGAAGAGCGUGGAGGAGGCAAAUGAUAUCCGCGCACGAAACAAAAACCUGGAAGAAAUGCUACAGAAUGCAAAUACAGAGAUAUCAAAACAAAAAGACAUAAGGAGGCGUGAAGAAGAGAAGAAUGAAGCAUUGUCAAUGAAAGUUCAGAUACUCGAAAUGGAGAUAGAGAAGCUAGCAAAGCUGAGGGAUGAAUCAAUGGCAACAGCUACUGAAACUGAGAUGCUAAUUCAGGAAUGGAGAAAAGAAAGAGAUCAACUGGAGAGAAAAUAUGCAUUGGCUAAAGAAGAAGCCGAGAGGGCGCAAAAAGAUUUAAUUCUCACAAGGUCAUCACAUGAUGAGAAAGAGGGAAUCGUCCGAAAUUUGAGGAGAGAAGUGGAAGGAGUUAGCCAACAGUACAGUGACUUGCAGAAUAGCUUUGUUCAAGAGAAGAUGGAUAAUGAAGCUCUAAGGAAACAAGUAUCAAACCUGAAGGUCGAUAUUCAACGAAAAGAAGAUAUGUCUAAAAUCCUUGCUGCAAGGCCGGAAGAAAGGCGGUCAGAAAACGAGAAGAAACUUUCCGCUUCUAAUGGGCACAAUGAGGAGAACCAUACAAAACUACUGGACGAGUUGGCUUAUUUGAAGAAUCGAAACAACAGCAUGGAGAGAGAGCUGAAAGAAAUGGAAGAGAGAUAUUCGGAGAUAAGCCUGAGAUUUGCUGAGGUAGAAGGUGAAAGACAACAACUUGUGAUGGCUGUUAGAAACCUCAAGAACGGUAAGAAGAACUAAUAUUUGUAUGGUUUGGAAGCAUUUUCGAGGAAAGCUACAACUUUUCUUAUAGAACAUAAUCUUCACUCUCCGACCAAGAUGUCAGAAAUCAAUAAGAGAGAGUUCCCAAGAGUUUAACCAAGAACACAAGGUUAGAAACUGGGCAGUGUUUCUUCAUGGAA